GCCAGGGCCAUGAGUCUAUUCUCUUGGCGACCUUCGUUCUGACCUGGUCGUUCCUCACGAAGAGCACCUGUCAUUCCAGAUCCCCUGAUUGUACUAGCCCAACACACUCUCAGACUCUAUUUCGCAUUCCAGGUUUUUUCGCGAUCGCAAAACGCGACUGAUCCUUCUCGAGAUGACGGGUGUCGUCGAAGUCGGAACAGUACUUGGUCUCAUCUCCGCCGUCAUUGCCAUCUUCGAAGCCGCGCAUGACGUUUACGAUGCAGCAAGCGAUGUUUCGGGAAUGCCGAGGAAAUUUCGUGCGGCCGCCGAACGCAUUCCACUGGUCCAUCAUGCUCUCAGUCGUGCAGCAGAGCACAUACAGAGCCGACAAGUCAGUGAAGAUGGAAUCAAGAGCUCCGAGUCGGUUCUACAGCAAUGCAAGGAGCAUGCAGACAAGAUCAAGGAAAUAUUCGAAAAGGCUCUGCCUGGACCACAUACAUCGAGGAUAGAACGCAUGAAGAAGGCCAUGAUUCUGAAGCGAAACAGCAAUCAGGUCAAAGAAAGCAUGGAAGAAGUUAUGAAGGGUCUCGAGCUACUAGCUCAGAAUCAGAUCUUCCAGGACGCAGAGACACUCCAGGACAUCCAGAAGUCCCUUGAAGAACUUGGCUCCCUCGCUGAUGAUGAUGGACAUCAGCAAUACUCCCAUUCAGGCUCAGGAGAUCAAAACAUCGUUUCAGGGUCGGGUACGCUGAAGAAGAACCACAAUUCGGGAUCUGGUCACCAAUACAAUGCGGAGAACAUAACCUUUGCAGGACAGCCAGCAGGUAAGAGUGCACAGACGUCGAUGUAGGCGCUGGGAAUCUUAGGUAAUUGUCAUCGCUGCCUGUUAUCGCACUUUACUGCGCCAAAUACAUUGUAAAUAUUGGGUUUCUGCAU